CAGGGGGUGCCAUGUCCGCACCCGGGAUCCGAACCGGCGAACCCCGGGCUGCUGAGAAGUGGAACGUGCGAACUUAACCGCUGCGCCACCAGGCCGGCCCCUGUAUUACUUCUUGACCACCCAAACCAGCGAGCCUAGUCUGAUUUCAAGGGAAAAUUUUCAACUGUGUGCUUUAAAAAUAUGCAAGGUGGUAAUGUAAACUGGUACAGCCUCUGUGAAAGGCAGUCUGGCAGUUUCUUCUAAAGCUAGACAUCCACCUCCAUAGGACCCAGCGAUUGCAGUCCUGGGCAUUUAUGUCAGAGAAAUGGAAACUUAACCAUCACAGGAAAACCUGCACGCGAAUGUUCAUAGCCGGUUUAUUUACUGGGAGCAAGCAACAUGUCCUUCAGUGGGGGAAUGCUUGAACAAACUGUGGUAGAUCCGCACCAAGGACCGUAGCCAGCGACACAAAGGCAGAACUGACUGUUGAUACAUGCAACAAUUUGGAUGGAUCUCAAGGGCAUUAUGUGAGUGGGGGAAAAAAAGGCCCACCCCAGGUCACAUACUGCAUGGUUCCAUUUAUGUAACAGUCUUCAACUGACAAUUCUAGAGAUGAGAAUCCAAUACUGGUGCCAUGGGUUGAGAGGAGGACGCGGGCAGGCUGUGGCUAUGAAAGGUCAACAGGAGGGAUCCCUGCGAGGGAGCCAGCUGGUCAUUGAUGGCCGCGGGGGGUCACUUAUCCAGGAUCUACACGGGUGGUGAAACUGCACAGAGCACGCGCGCACCCACCCACACCCACCCACGGACGAAACCCGGAGCAGCGCUCGGAUGGCACCAGUGCCAUUUCCUGGUGUGCGACGGCACCAGAUGCGCGAGACGCCGACACCGGGGGAACCGCGGGAGGGGCCCCCGCCUCUCGGACGUGUUUCUUAUGGUCCCGACCGGUCCGGGAAACGCCAGCGGAGUGCCAGCCCUCGGGAGAUCCGGGGCUUCCCAUGGAGCAGCAGUCACCCGUCCCUGCCUGGAUGCCGCCGCUGGAGGGCGCCGCCGUCCACAGCCCGGGGGAAAAGGCGUCAGGCUUGCACGGAUAACAAUCCGGACAGGUGGGAGGGAGGGACGGAGAUCAGGAGAUGAGAUUUGUGCCUGGGAGUGGGGAGGGAAAGAACUCUCUGAUGAGGCAGAGGAAAGACCCAAACGCCGGGCUCGCGGGUGGCAAAGGAACGUGGGCCCUGAGACCGAGAACGUGCGUUUGCGAGAGCAGGGAGGCCAGAAAGGACCUUGUCUGCCUGGGAACUGCCCUGACAGUUGUCUGGUCGGUGGAGGUGGCCGGCUCUUGAGCUGCUGGGAAGCCGCCGCCUUUCCUGCUAAAUGGUCCUCACCAAGAUGGUCUCCCAGCUCCUGGGUGAGGCUGCCCAGACCGGCUCAGGGCCCCGUGGCACCCCCGCCCUGCUCCGUGCUCCCCGGGCUUUGGCCAGUCUUUGCUGUGGUCGGUCUUUGUUCGGUUCCACCGUGGCCUGUCGUCCAGUUGGAGCAGCAGGUGAAAUGCAGUGCCAGUCACGGGUGCAAGUCACCAUUUGUCCCUGGAGCCAGCGGUUGUGCGGCCCCAGCACCGGAGCCUCUUCUGGCUGUGGGGUCAAAUGGUGGAGUGGCCUUUGGCUUUGCUUUUCCUUGUUCCCCUCCUCAACCUCCUUUUCCUAAGGGGUCACCGGGCUUUUCCAUGUCGACUGGUUCAAGCUCUCCAUACGUUAAUGAUAUGAGCCCUGAGUCACAUCUUGCUGCUAUUUUUUCCCCACUUUGUCACUUGUCUCUUGACUUUGUGGUUUGGGGUUUGCAUUUGGUCAGGCAGGCGAUUUUAGUUUUCACGUCGUCAGACUUUGCAGGCUUUUCCUAAUGGCUUCUGGAGUUUCUCCUCGGCCUGCUUGCUUCAGACUUACUUAGAGUGGCCUUCUCCAUUUGAAGUCGUGCGUGAGUUACCCAUUGCUGCGUAACAGAUGAGCCCAAACGUCGCGCCUUAGCACAGCUACCACUUGUGAUCUCCCAGGUGUCUGAAGGACAGGCUCCUAGAGGGCUUGGCUGGGAGGUUCUGGCUCAGGGUCUCUCACAGGCUGCGGUCAAGACACCAGCUGGGGACGCAGCCAUCUGGUCUGCCGGGGGUGGACUCUGCUUCCAAGAUCACUCACGUGGCUGUGGUAGGGGCCUUGUGCCUCCCUGCGGGGCCUCUCCAUAGGGCUGCUCAGGGCAGGGCUCCCCCAGAGCCAGUGAUCCAGCAGAGACAGAGCCGGGGAGGGCGGUCCCAAGGUCGAAGCUGCAGUCUUUUUAUAACUUCGUCUCUAAGUGACACCCGCUCGCCUCUGCUGUACUUUUAUGGGUCGCAUGGGUCAGCCCUGGAACCCACCAGGGCAUAGGUUGUUUCCGUUCACGGCGAAUGAGAAGGCUCUGAGGAGCCUCCUUGCUCCUGAACCUGGGUGUGGGACUCCUGGUCCGGCACGAGCGCCUCAGGAACACGUCCUUUGCCUAAGCCUGUGUUUGUAAGGGCAGAGGGUGGCUCUUCCGUCUUUAAAGGGUUGCAAACAAAACACACAAAAUUCCAGAGAAAGGGAGAAGAAUAUGCAACAGAGCCCCUGUGUGGCCCGAAAAGCCCACGGUGUGUGCUCUCUGCCCUUUGCAGAGGAGGUUGCGGCCCUGGUGGCGGUCCCAGGGAGUUGUGCAGCCCCGGGCACACGGGCAGGAAGCUCUUUCUCAUCACGGCAGCCAGCCCAUUCAGCGCCAGUGCCGUGUGAGUCCCCACCCAGGCCCUGGCCGCAGGAUGCUCCCCGACCUCCAGCGUCCCCAGCCAGUGGCUCAGUCCUGCCCCCACUCCCUCUCCUCCCCAGGGGCAGGGGUGGGGGCAGGGCAGCUGCCCUGCCUGAGGUGGGAGUGACCUCCCUCUGCACACAGGCACGGUCCCUCCCCUCCCCUCCCACCUUCCCCCAUGCUGCCAGUGAAGUGGGUGGGGGCAGGGAGUGGAGUGGAGUGGUGUGGGCCACAUUGUGGAGGUGCAGGCUGACAAGGCGCACCCCUUUUCCUCAAUGACGGUGUCAGGUAGCCCCGUGCUGGGCUCUGGUGGCUCAGGUGGUGGCAGGCGCCAGCCUGGAGGGGGCAGCCGAGUGUCCAGUUGUUCCCGGGAAGGAGCUCCUGCUGUGGCCAAAGGAGGCCCUUUGUGUCUCGCGUCCCUGGAUACGUGCCCGCCCCAUCCUUCCUGACUGGGCCUCAGAGAUGACGUCCCGUAUGGACAGCUAAUUUUCGACAAGGCAGCCAAGAGCAUACAAUGGAGAAAGGAAAGUCUCUUCAGUACACGGUGCUGGGAAAACUGGACAGCCACGUGCAAAAGAAUGAGACUAGACCGCUAUCUUACACCAUCCACGAAAAUUAACUCAAAGUGGGUUAAAGACUUGCACGUAAGACCCAAAACCGUAAACCUCCUAGAAGAGUCUCGCUAGCACCUUCCUUCCUCGCUGCCACCUGAGCUGGCGGGGCCCGAGCGCAGGGCGAGCCUGGGGACCCUCGGCCUCCGGCGCCUUCACGCCGUCUCGGAGCGGAUAGUGCUGUGAGGAGGCACCGCGCUGGCCGGCCCAGCUGGAUCUGCUCGUUGUGGGUAGGGACUGCGUGUGCCCUCGGGAGGCGUCGGUGCAGGGCGCCCGGCCCCCGGGGGCUGCGAGCGGCCGGGAUCCUCGGGCUGCUGGCUGGAAGAAUUGGACCUGGAGAUAAAGGAUGCAUGUACACCUAGAGGAGAAGUUAGCCCUGUGUCCUGUUGACAGAAGGAAUUAUCGAUACUCUGAUCAAGCUGGAGCAGAGUUUAGAAGGAAUAUCCUGGCUGAAUAUUGCUGAAAACUUCAGUCAAGUUCUCUUCCCAUAUUGAUAUUGUCCUUGCAGCUUCGCAGACCAAGUCAGAUCCAUUAGUUACAGAAGCAUGGGAGAGCAGUUCACGGAGACUCGGAGGGAACAGGGACUAAACACCACCUGCCAUGCACCAUCGCAGAGCCUCAGAGUCAAGGGUGCGGCCCCUUGGGAGACCCCCACCCGGUGCCUUGCUCGCUGCCCUCUCCCCACGGCAGCCCAUUCCAUCUCUUAAGAUGGUGCGGCGGUGCUGUGUCUGGGUGCCCGGAAGAAGGGCAUGCUGAUGUAACGCUGAGGCCAACUGAAAAGUGACCGGAAGCUAGGAUGCCCUUGAAGGGUGUGACAGCUAAGCACAAGAGGGGAAUUCGGCGCGGGCUCCCUCUCCACAAGAAGAAAGGAAAAGGCCCUCGCGUCCCUCCGGACAGGCACACCCCGCUCCCCGACCUGCCCCUGUUUUUAUACACGUGUCUUUUAAAUUAACACUGCGAGACAUUUUGUAUCCUCUCUCCACUAGGAAUUAGUCUAAAAACAAUUAGUAGACAAACCAAGCAUUCCUUUCUUAAAGUAAACGGAAUUUUUUAAAGUGAAAAAAAAA